GACCAAACUGAAGAGAGGAGAAACUCUGACACACGUCUGCUGCCUGAAGACAAAGAAGAAAGAGGAGGAAGAGGAGAGAGAGGAAGACGAGGAAGAGUCUGUGCUGGAAGACGAGAGGAAAGAGGAAGAGGAGGAGGAAGAUCACGGUCUGUAUGUUUGAGUUCACAGCUGCUGAGAAAAGAAGAAGAUUUACUGAGGAAGAGGAGGAGGAAGAGAGUGAAAGAGAGAGAACUGAAAUGGACUGAGACCUCACUGUACCUGACAUAGAACUAACUGACCAGUUUAACUGACCAGUUUAACCAGUAUAAUUGACCAGUCUAACUGACCAGUCUCACUGACCCGUGUCCGGCCUGAGAGGAGGAGCUCUCAGCAUCAUGAGAACCUCCACCUGAACAGCGUCCUCCUCCUCCAGCAUGCAGAGCAGCUUCUCCCACAGACGGAGCUCCCUGAAGGGAGCAGGCGUGAUGAAGACGAUGAUGAAGAUGACAGUGAUGAUGAUGAUGAUGAUGAUGAUGGUGGUGGUGAUGAAGGUGGAGGCAGAGAGCUUUGAGGAGCUGGAGAGUGACGAGAGUCUGGAGAUGCUGGACGACGACAUCAGCACAGAGAAUCCGGUGAGAUUUAUAGAUAUACACAAUAUAGAUAUACAUUAUAUAGAUAUACAUAAUAUAGAUAUAUACAAAUAUAGAUAUACAUAAUAUAGAUAUAUACAAAUAUAGAUAUACAUAAUAUAGACAUAUACAAAUAUAGAUAUACAUAAUAUAGAUAUAUACAAAUAUAGAUAUACAUAAUAUAGAUAUAUACAAAUAUAGAUAUACACAAUAUAGGUAUACAUAAUAUAGAUAUAUACAAAUAUAGAUAUACACAAUAUAGAUAUACAUAAUAUAGAUAUAUACAAAUAUAGAUAUACAUAAUAUAGAUAUAUACAAAUAUAGAUAUACAUAAUAUAGAUAUAUACAAAUAUAGAUAUACAUAAUAUAGAUAUAUACAAAUAUAGAUAUACAUAAUAUAGAUAUAUACAAAUAUAGAUUUACAUAAUAUAGAUAUAUACAAAUAUAGAUAUACAUAAUAUAGAUAUAUACAAAUAUAGAUAUACAUAAUAUAGAUAUAUACAAAUAUAGAUAUAGAUAAUAUAGACAUAUACAAAUAUAGAUAUAGAUAAUAUAGAUAUAUAUACAAAUAUAGAUACAGAUAAUAUGGAAGAUAAACGCAGUCUACCAUUAAUCCACAUAAAAACACUUUAAUAAAUCAGUUUAAUAAAAGCACCAGAUAAAUAUUUACACUUUAUCCACAAAUCCACUUUAAACCUGAGAAAUCAUAAUUCUUUUUUUUUUUAAUAAAACACCAAAACUUUUAAUAAAACCUGAAAAUAAUGAAGACUCUAAUAUUCAGAGACUGAGUCUGGAUUAUAAUAAACCACAAAAUAAUAACACAGAAAAAUCAACAGAGUGAGAAAAGAAAGAAACAGGAAAAAGUCUGAAAUAAAACUUUCAAAUCGACUCUUAAGAAGUUCUUUUAUGAGUUUCUAAAAUUGUUAAACAGUUUUAAGUCUAAACUGUCGACCCGGGUCUUCCUCUGACUGACCUGCAGUUAGCCUGGUUAGCUGUUAGCUUCAGUUAAAAGUACUUAAGUGAUAUUUUAACUCUGAUCGACACAAAGAGAAGAUUUCUUCGACUUUUAACGAAGCGCACUGUGACGUUAUUUUCAACAGGAAGCAGGAAGUCACUGCAGUAAUUUAGCUACAGGGAGUCAAAAGGGACAAAAAGCAUAAAAAAUAAAAACUUAAAUUAUUUUUAAAACAUUUUUAGACCUCAGUGGAAAUCUGAUGAUAGAGUUAAUGCUCACAUAUGAUAAAAAAUGUGAUAAAGCGGUUAUUUUUGAUUGUCCCACAGGAGCCUCCGUCCUCGGACAUGUCCCAGUUGUCUCCUUUCAACUCCUGGCUCAUCUUCAGGAGGAACUCCAACAAGGGGGACAACAGGAAGACCAAAACCAGCAGGAGGAUCUCAAAGGUCAGACAUCCAAACGGUGGUAAAAACGUCGGUGUCCACAGUCUCAGACGGCUCACAAACAUUUUUUAUAACUAAAAGUUUUUUUUUUAUCAACCUUACUGUAAUUUUUUUGCACACAAUACUAUUUUAUUUUAUCACAUAUACUAUGACAUUACAUUUAUAAAUUUACAUACUAGACAAUAAUAUUAUUAUCAUUUAAAACCUAGAAAUUUUUUAUAUUAAAACCUGAAAUUUUUAUCAAACUAUAUUCUUUAUUUUUUAUCACACUAUUCUGUACAUUUUUUAAAAUAUAAAAUAUUAUAUAAAUAUAAAAAAUAUAAGUCAAAUAUAAAAUACUUGACUUUUAUAUUCUUAUCAUAAUAUACUCUAAUUUUUUAUAUGAUACUAUAUCAUAUUUCUAUCACACUACACUGAAAGAUUAUUUAACAUUCUAUACUAUGACAUUUGGUCAUACUGUACUGUCAUUUUUGAUUAUACUAUUUAAUUUUUAACAAAACUUUUCUAUGACAUUUUAAUCAUACAAUAAUAUGAUAUGAUUAUUAUUAGACUCUGAUGUUUAAUCUACGCGUUAAUGUCUGAACUUCGGCCCCUCUCUCUCUCUCUCAAGUCUUCGGUUGGUAGUUGAGGGAUAAACGCGGCCUUCGCUAACCCUCAUGGGAGUCUAACUCCACCUACAAAAGAAUCUAAAGAUGUUUGCGUGUCUUUGCAGCACGGUCUUCCAGGCCCUCCAGGACCUCCAGGACCUCGGGGACCUCCAGGUCUCCCGGCCCCCCUCCUGCCCCAACAACAAGAACUGAUCCAGGAGCUGCAGCUCAAACUGAAAGGUAAGAACUCAGAACCAGAUCCACCUGACCUCAGACCAGAUCGGCUUGGCUUAACAUAAAGAUUCACUGUUCUGUUGUCAUAGCAACAGGCAACCCCCCCCCCCCCCAACUCCAGUCUUCAAGCUAAGCUAGGCUAGCAUUUCCUGUUGUCUUCCAGGAGUUAUUAUGCUAAACUACGCCGUUUGUCAUCAAAGGGUUAAAAGCUAAGCUAACGUUUCUGUAGUUCGUAACACUUUAUGCUAGGCUAAGCUAGCGUUUUUAUUUUGAGUGAACCACGUUCAUCUGUUUACACCUGCUUACUCUCUGUGUUGAGCUACACACGCUGUUUAUACUUACUUUUAAUCUUAAUGCUAAAUUAAGCUUGCUAACCAGACUAGCAGCGAGAUAAGAAGAACUUUAUUGAUCCCGAAAGGAUCUUAUAGGGAUUAAGCUAAGCUAGCAGUUUUCCUUUGUUUCUGGUUCAGCCUCUAAUUCCGUUGGUAACAGCAUUUUACAUUCAUUCAGUUAGCUUAGCGUUUCAUCUGGCUAAGCUAGCCCAGCAGAUUCCAUCAUAUAGCAUUAAGCUACAGGGACAGGUGGCUAAUUUCAAACCUUUGUGCUAAGCUAACAGUUUGGACUCAGAGAAGAACCAUGUGACUGUGGUGGAGCAGCAGUGCGUGUGUGUGUGUGUGUGUGUGUGUGUGUGUGUGUGUGUUCAUCAGGAGACUCUUUGUAUACAGAUGGAAAAAAUGACGAAUGUUCCCGUUCUCUUUCAUUUACUGACUUCAGUUUAUCCUGCUGCAGCUUUUCACUUUCACUCACUGUUUGGAUGUAGGUUAUAUAAAUACUGUGUGUGUGUGUGUUUGUGUGUGUGUGUGUGUGUGUGUGUGUGUGUGUGUGUGUGUGUGUGUGUAUGGAGGCAGGCUGUCUGAGUCCUUAAUAGGGGUAAUUUUGUGGAGCGUGGAUGUGACUUGGCUCUGCAGCAGGAUUCCUGACAUUCCUGUUGACUGAUGGUGUGUCUUUGUUACUUUGUGUGUGUGUGUGUGUGUGUGUGUGUGUGUGUGUGUGUGUUAUAUUAUGUUAUGUUCAAUCAUGCAGGUUGCAUCCCUCCAUCAGGUUGUUUUCAUGGUUUUUCUGUAAAGUUAACAGUGUAGGGUUGGGACAAUCUUAACACACGUCUGUAUUAUUCACUGUCUUGAUGAACUGUCGUAUAAAUUAUUGUUUUAAUAAUAUUUAAAAUUGUUUUAAUAAUAGCUAUAAUAGCUAAUAGCCUUGAUAAUAAUUAUAAUUGUCUGAGAGUAUUUCUUAUUGAUUAUUUUAAUGAUUGUUAAGAUAAUAUUGUGGUUUUGAUAAUAUCUAUUAUGAUUCUACUAAUAUCUUUUUAAUAAUACUGGUGUUUAAAUAAUAUUAAUUAUGUUAAUAAUAUUCAUAAUUCUUAAUUUUUUUUAAUGAAUUAACAUACUAUUCUAUAAUUUUUUUCAUACAGUAAUAUCAUACGCAUUUAUCAUCCGAUACAAUGACACUUUUAUCAUACUAUACUAUGUCAUUUAUUUUAAACAAAAUACCAUAGGACAUCUUUUUUAUCAUACUAUUCUAUGACAUUUUUUAACAUACCUAUGAUUUUUUAUCAUGAUAAACUGUGAUAUUUUUAUUUCAAUAUACAUAUUUUUUUUAAAUCAAGCUUUACUGUAACUUUUUCCACAUACAAUACUAUUCUAUUUUUAUCGUGUAUACUGUGACAUUUUUUUAUACAAACUAUGGCAUCUCACUGAUAUAUUUUCACACUAGACAAUAAUAUUAUUAUCAUUUAAAACCUAGACCAUUUUUUAUUUUAAAAUCUGAAAUUUUUAUCAUAAUUUAUUCUAGAUUUUUUUUUAUCAUACUAUGGAAUGACAAUUUUAUCAUUCUAUACGAUAUUUUUUUGAUGAACUCUACUAUGACAUUAUUAACCAUUCUAAAUUAUGACAUUUUUAUUAUACUAUACUAUACCAUUUUUUCAUUCUAAACUAUGACAUUUGGUCAUACAAUACUGUAAUAGUUUGAUUAUACAAUACUAUUACAAGUUUUACCAUUCUUUUCUAUGACAUUUUUUAUCAUACUAUACUAUUUUUAAUUUUUUAUCCUACUACACUAUGAAAUUUACCAACUAUACAUUCUAUACCCUGAAUUUUUUUAUUCGAACUAUACUUUG